AUGGAGGCCCCGGUGAACCAACCCGUGUCGGAUACGUCCCAGGAGAUUCCAACACAAGAGCCCGACUCCCAAACAGUUGAGCAAUGCAUCAACUAUCUCAGUCGCAGGGAUGACACUAGCCGAUUCGUCGGUCUAGCAAUGUUGUCCUCACUCCUAACUCAUAUCCAAGAUAUCAAUGUUCUCACCCGGUGCUGGAAGUCAUUGAGUCCCCGGUUCCUAGACCGGCUGUUGAAGUCUGGUUGGUACCGCUCCGGUCUGCACUUGGCUUUGAGAGAUGUUAACAAGUGGUCGCUAAGGUGGGACGGCGUGGAACAGGCAACACUAGCCAGAAAUCUCCAGAGGAAGCGAGGGAUAUGGUUGAGUUAGCGGUUCACAUACUACACGCCUUUUCUACGCUACUGCCCGAUUCUGCAGAGGAGGUAUCAUUGGUUGGGAGAGCGCCCUUGCUAGCCGAGAUACUGCCCAGAUGGUAGGUUCCCAUGAAGCGGUGAGAUUAUCUGCAGGUGGUGUGCCGCGAGGUUGAUGCAAGGUGAUGGUGGUGGCUGACUACGGCUACGGCGGCGAUAGUUCGACAAUCACCCAAGCGACGAUAUUGCAGACCCUAUUGGUGUUUUCCACGGGGAGGAAGGGAUCGGGGGUUAUCCUUAGGAUAAAGGAUUUAUCACCGUUGAUAAAGUGCUCAGCCGAGCAUGAGGCAGCAAUGCAAAUCCUACAAUAUUCAUUUGUUAACUCGAUCUCCGAACCGCUACUGCUAACGGACGGAUUGAAGAGGUUUCUGCCAUCGAUAUGUGAAGAUAUGCUGGCAAUGGAUAAAGCUCCCCGGUCAAGAAUCCUUUCAUUCCUAAGUGACUUACUAGCCAGAUUUCCGCCCGAGGUGAGACGAACAUACACGCCCUGAUCUGCACAUUCUAACCCUCACCUUAUAGCUCCUCCCAUCAGACACCAACUGGGUAAAAUCCGCAUAUGCAGCCAUCAGGGUCGUGAUAACUUCGGGCCACAAUUCGCACGAGCGAUCACACUGCACCAAAAUAGUAGCUAGCCUUCUACACAAAUACCCGCCGUCCCUCCUCUUCGGGCCCAAGGCAUUGGGGAAAGCGCCGGUCAACGAAGAAAAGCCGUUUGUGUACUUUUUCAUACAGCUGGUUCUCAUUGAUCUUCGUGCUACGUUUCCAGCACUACUUGAACAGCUCGCUGCUCCUUCAUACGAGAGCACUGCCCACAGAUUGGCUUCCGAUUUUGAUGUGCUGGCGGCAUUCCUGGGGUAUUUGCUGACGGUCGAGGACUUUGAUGAUAUACCCAUUACGCCGGAUUUGCUGCUAAAGCUGAAGGCCGAUAUCGGGGAGACCUUCGGACUUACACUAGAGUUCCUGCGGGAUCGUUGGGACGCCGGGUACGCUGGCGCUGCUGGCUUCGAGCCCGGCUUUGAAAAAGACGUCCCAUUGAGUGUAACCUGGGAGACCAAGCUCGAAGGCGGAAUUGCCCGCGACCCAUUGGUGAUCGCAGCCGCCAGGGCGCUGUCCCUCUGGCUCAAAGAAGAUGAAAGCCUAAGAGAAGAAUCUGGAGGCCUAACAGACUUCUUCUUGGGCUUAUGGAAAAAGGGAAAAGAGGACGGCGUGGACCACAGAUUCUGGAUCCUAUCCAGCCUCGAAGGGACGGUAGAAGAGGACAAUGGCCGCGAGCAGUUUCUGCAGUAUCAGGGCAUCGACCUACUCUGGGCUGACCUUAAGACAAUAUGCGUAGACAGAAACGCCGGAGCGGAUGACCUCCAAAUAGCAUUCGACGAAGCGAGGGUCCUAACACAGGUAGUAAUACUAGGAGAUAAGGCCAACGAGGCAUGGGUCAAGGAAGUCCUUGCGGCAGUCAAUAUCAGAGGGGACUCGGGCAUGCGUCUAGAGCUUGAUGCUGCAAUGGCCCGCCUAGCCAGCGCGUGCUUGGUAAAGACGUCCAAGGCGGUAAGGAGACGAUUGAAGGACGAUGUGCAGAAGGUCAAGGAAGUCUGCGGGAGGCUGUUCGCCAUGGCGAGUGGGAGGAUGGAAGAUGGCGGGGUGAUCGCGGAGUUGGUAGGGGAGGCGGUGGAGGAGUUGGAUGGGAUGUGA